AUGGGUGAGAACAAGCUAGGCUUGAACGCGUCGUUCGACAUCCAGUCAGGCUUUCUCCUCGUCUCGGCAAAUCCGAAUCUCGGAGAUGAGAUUUCCGGAAAGAAAGGCCAUGAGAGAGGAGACAUGUACAUCCGACCGCAUAAGAUUGUGAGCAAAGCUGGAACAGAAUCCUCAGGCUGGUACUACCCGCGAGAAGGCGAUCGGGUGAUCGCGUUCAACUACACCAUCUUCAAAGCUCCAGCUAACUGGUUGGAUGUUGACCCCCCUGGUCCCGUGAAGUCAUGGAGCACUGACGGUCGACGGAUGCUAUGGAAGGAGUUCUUUGAGUCUCUGUGGCAACAUUCUGUGGAAAGGGCGCUGGUGACAAACCCGUGCUACUUGGAGCUCGAGAGAGGUAUAUCGGGAUGGCUGGGUACAACUUGGGAAGCAUACGGCCUUAGUCUCUCUUGGCACUGUCAGGAUCCUCAUCUUCGUGAGCAGUUCUAUGUGGAGAUGAUGAAAGAUAAUGCUCUGCUCUCGGGGUUUGGGCUGUGUAUCGACAACAGAGAUUGGUCCAUCACGUAUGUCGAGCCCGGUACUGUAGCUGACCGGCUUGGAAUCGUGCUUGGAAGCACAGUCGUGAAGAUGAAUGGAGCACCCGUGGCUAAGCGCACGAUUCCUUCUUUCCUGCGGGAGAUGGAAGGUGCAAGUGAACUUAGUUUGGCCAUACUGCGGAAUUCGCAAGGGAAAGUCACGGGAUACAAUAUAGUGAUGAAAGUUGCAGACAUUCUCCCUGGCAAGGAGUUGGUGGCUGAUAAGUUGGAUCGAUCAAUCGCUGGGAGUCUGCCUUUCAAUGCACUUCGGGCCGUGUCCAUGAACGAUCCACGAGAUGCCAAGGAAGUGCCGUACGAAGAGAGCUCGCUCAGCGUGGACGUGGAGACUGGGCCAGGAGAAGGAGCAGAGCCAGCCAAGGACAGUGUCCAAGUGGAUGCGAGGGAAGAGACAUGCACAGAUGCUCUGAGACCUGCUGCGAAUCUCAACAGUACGUGCAGGGUGAAAGACGAGAUCGUGAAGCUCGACUCUCAACCUACGCCUGUUCCAGCUGAAGGUCCACCGGCAAAGGAGAACGCAGGGGAAACCGAAGCUGGAAAAGCAGCUCGUUGGACCGUCUACACCCCCCCAGCAGGUGUCAGCACCGACAGGCUGUGGCAGGACAGCCCAAACGACCAGCAGAGGCAGGAGGAGCCGGUCGUGACCAUGACCAAAGAAAGUUCGAAUGAGAAUGGUCUCUCAGCAACAAGUCAUGAGAAGAUGGACAUGAUGGUAGCAGCGGUUGACAACAUCGUGUCCCUUGUGAAGAGCUCGGUGGUCCCUGAAGUUGCUGCUGCUCGUGGUGAUCAGGCCGGCCGGAAGAAUCCCCCCCGGGGAAACGCCGGCAAGAAGAAAUCCUCUGAGAAGCAGUCCGAAUCUUGGCCGAAUGCUCUGGACGCCCAACCUGCUCAGAGUCGAGCAGCAACGGCAGACUCCAAGAUGAAUGGAGCCAAGGGGAAGUCCAAGAACGGCACCAAGGUCGUCCCACGUGCUGUGCCGAUCGAAUGUGAGCUGUCGGAGAAAGCUGGAGGUCAAGAGGUCGCCAGCGCUAGGAUGCGAGUCAAACGGGAGCCUCCUGCUCGUCGUGAAGGAUCGAGCAGCGAUAGGCUGAGCUCCCCCAAGGUAGACCGGGGAAUGAGGGAGAUGAUCUCACCACCCCCUGACCUCUCCGUGAGGGCUGAGCUGGUGAAUGUAGGGGAUCAGGAUGGGACGCUUUCAUCCGACAACAGCGAUACUGUGGAUCCUUCGAGCGUCAGACUGGAGGCCAGGGAUCUCCAAGACUUGUACUCCACCGCCAUGGAAGCCUUCAGCCUGCAGAAGAAGCUCCUUCAGGCGCUGAAAGACGGUGCCAUGGAGGAUUCAUGCGAGCAGCAGCAGCAGCAGCAGCAGCAGCAGCAGCCAUCCACUGCUGACUCAGCAGCGACGUCUGGCCAUGAGAAGCUGAGGAAGGAGGAUCUGGAGAAGCUACUCAAGGACCUCACUCAGCAGCUCCUCAACGGCAGCAGCAUGAUACGAGCGCAGCUCUUGAGAGCCAAGUCUGUCCAGCAGGAGCUCGAGUCGUUGAGGACCGUGGUUGCCAGCGCUCCGCCAGCAGGAGCAGGGGCUCUGGCAGUGACACAGGGGCAGAGAGACAGUGAGUGCGGGCCCGAGGAUGGUGCGGAGGGAGAGGAGGUCCCUGAAGUGUCGAGCGAUCGGGAAGUACUUGUGGAGUCAUCUGAACUAGAGUCUUGCGGGAGGGAGGGAGGGGGAGAGGUGGCGGGGGAUGGAAGCGGAAGGAAUGCGGAGCUGCUGGAAUGGUACAGAAAGAUCUCCGAGGUCACGCUGAACGCUAGGGAUGAGCUGGAGGGAAGAAGCUGUGCUCAGUCGCUGACCCUCUCCUCUCCUCCUGCUCCCGUGGACGAUGAUGGAGGAGCAGGAGGGUCAGGGGAGGAGGCAGCCAACAUCUCCUCCAGCUCCCUUCUUGUGCUUCUCAACGCGCUCAGAAGUCUUCCUCCUCCCGACUGGCUGAAGCGAAGUUCCUCGAGGACCGAACGGUCCUCGAGGAAGUCAAAGGGAUGGGAAGGAGAUUCGGCGAAGUCAAAGGGAUGGGAAGGAGACGAGGAGGCUGAGGAUGAAGCUAGGAAGAGGCAGCUGAAGGAUGCAAGAUCCUCUCGCCGUGAUCAUCCUGAACAGGAACUGCAGAGGAUCUCAGAGCAUGUCGGGACUUUCGUCCUCUCGGCUCAGCAGUUGAUGGACUCGUUGGAUUCUUGUUUACUAGCCUGUGACUCUGCCUUCCGCUCUCGCUCUGCAUCUUCCUCUGCCUCUCCCUCGCUCCAUAUGUUGGAGUCAACGGCAGCUGGGGAUGAAAACAAGUGCCGCAGGCUGGAGGAGGAGCUGCUUGAGCAGGUUCGACGGAACGAGCUCCUACAGCAGAUGUCCGACAGAACCAUCGCCGAGUGCAGACUACAGGUUCAGUACUCAAAGGAGGCGGAGGGGCAGCUAGUGCACGACCUUGAGAGCUCAAGACUGGAGCUGCACAUCAUGUCCGAGGAGCUGGAGGCCGUUCGAGCAAGCGAGAGUGAGCACAAGGAGCAGGCGGAGCGACUGCGGAGGAGGGUGAAGAUGCUAGAGGACGAAAAGAAGGAACUCGAGCAAGCGAUGGAGAAGGAGAGGCAGCGAAGCUCGCGGAGAGACGCAUCCCCCGCCCAACCUGACUCGCCGGAUCUCCCCAGAGGGAAGAGUCCAGUUGGCAUGGCGAGCGGCUUCAGCUCGAUAGCGCAGGAGGGGGAGCAAGUAGCGAAGAGGAGCGGGGCAGGGAGGGGCGGCAAGCUAGGAGGGGUCGGAGAUCAGAGGAUGGUAGGGGGAGAAGAACUCAUGAAGCUGCUGGAGAAGGCGUGGGAAGAAGGGAAGGAAGCUGCAGAGAGGAGGAUGGAGUUCGAGAAGAAGGAGCUGCAAGAGCAAUGGCAGAAGGUGAAGGAUAUCAAGCUCAAGGAAAAGCAGUCCAAGACCAUGCUGAAGGCGAUAACUCAGCGCAAGGUGUGGUGA